AUGUUGCAGUAUCCCCUCCAGCCUCCCCCGCUUUCUCUCUCAUCCCACAAGCCUUCUCCUAGAGACUUUGACUAUCCUCUUUCUCCCCUCUCCAUUUCUACAAAUCUUCCUUCUUCUCCUUCUCCUACUACCCCAAAUCUUCCUCGUAGUCCCUAUCUUUCGUCCAGGCAGCUCCAGCUUCCAGUCUCCAACAGGCUCCCAAAGUCCCCCUCUGACUCUCAGUCCAUCCCCUCCUACUCCGUAGACGACGUCUUGGCUCCAGGGGAUGUCGUUGGUGAGGGCUUCUUCCUCCAGGGCGAGCCCAUUCGUCUCGUCUCCAACGGCGCUGCAGAUUCCCAUCACACUGUUCCCGCCCGCGAGUUCGAGGUCAUCAAGCAGCUUGGUACAGGUAGCUAUGCCGUCGUCUAUCUCGUUCAGGAGGUUCUUUCCCGUCCAGCUGUCUCUGAAGAUGGCCAUAUGUCAACUAUUGGUCACAUGGAUUUUGAAAUCAAGUCACUUUCUUCAUCCCAGAUCGUGUACGGUCGCAAGUACGCUAUCAAGUGCUUAUCUAAAGCAGACCUCGACGAGGAAGCUUUAGCUAUUCAAAUGUCCGAGGUCACAAUUCACCAGUCUUUGCAUCUUCAUCCAAAUAUCGUCACUCUUCAUCGUACUCUGGAAACUUCUGCCUUUUUGCUUCUUCUCCUCGAAUACGUUCCUGGUCAAGACCUUUUUUAUUUCCUCGAACAAGCCCGGGACCAUCAUGAGAUGGAUAACGCUUCCCACACCGACUCUUCAGUCUCUGCUUCUCAUACUCCUCCGACUCCUAGCUUGCUUUCAAAUUUGCACCCCUCUCAGUUGCUCUCUCGUACCCGUCUACGUCUUAUUUCGUCCAUGUUCAGCCAGAUGUGUGAUGCUGUUGCCGCCUGUCACGCUCAACAGGUCUUCCAUCGUGAUAUCAAACCGGAGAACUUUAUCGUCACCGAUGGCACAUUCACCGCCCCCGAUGGCCGUUUCGAACGCAAGGUUAUCGUCAAGCUCACUGAUUUUGGCCUCUCCACCACUGACCUAGAAUCGGCCGAUAUGGAUUGCGGUAGCGCCCCUUAUAUGAGCUAUGAGUGUAGGAACAAUGUUGCCCCUACUUAUCGUCCUCGUGCUGCCGAUGUUUGGUCUUUGGGCAUCGUCCUCAUCAAUAUGCUGUACCAUUUCAACCCUUGGACCGAUACUGCCCAAGGCGCUUGUUCUUCUUUUGAUCUCUAUCUCAAGGAUCCUGUCAACUUUUUCAUGCAGCGGUUCAUGGGCAUGACCAGGCCCGUCGCAGAGGUUCUUGCGAACAAGGUUUUUUGCAUCCUUCCAGAUCCCCAGGAUGAUUCUCCUCGCAUGACUGCUGCUGAAUUUGGUGCAUGGUCCAAGAAUCUACCCAACCUUCUUGGAGCACAUGCCGUUCACCGCACAGUAUCCAACAGCUCCCAGGGUCACCGUAUCUCACUGUCUCUGCCCAUGUCUCACCGCCCAUCGUCAAGGCAGGCAUCAGGUUGCACUACUGCUGCUCGCACUCCAGCCAUCCCCGCCCGUUCUCUCUCCCGUGCUCCGUCCUUGGGACCGGCCUUUGAGAGAGUAGAGCUAUCAACCGUCAUUGAUCAAGAUAAUGAAGAUGAAGAUGCUGAUGGAGAAAUUGACAUUGAGGGUAUGACAUCUCGAUCUACGUCCACUAACAAGCGGCGCAAGCGAGGCGCUCGCAAAGGUAAAGGUGCUAAUGUCGUCACGAGCACUCCGACGCCACAAGAUAGUACUCUGGCCACCCUUGCCGUCGCAUCGCAGUCGCUUGCAAGAGAGAUUAGCAAGGCAUCCCGCUCAUCCUCUCACCGCUCUGCCUCGAUCACGGCCUCUUCAUCUCGUUCCACCAGGAUGAACUUUGAACCUGUGUCGAUGUAUGCUAUGCCUACUGCCCUCAUCACCAAUACGCCUCGAACUCCUAGCACAUCCACUGCAGCCGUAACAGCUGCCCCGCCUGUUGUUCCAUCCCCUGUGACCAAGAAACCAUCCAAGUGGAAACUCAGUUUCGGCAAAAGCAGUGCUUCCUCCCUUGCCAACGCUGCCGGCGCCGGACGUGUGUCUCCAGUGGAAGAAGUGUCGCCUCCUCCUUCUUUGGAUCUAUCCCCGUCUCAGGCCAUGGCCACUACUGCAAGCAAUGUGACCAGUCUCCUCAUGGGCUUGAACGCGCCUCCACCCAACCCUGCACCCGCUGUUGCCCCGGUCAACAAGCUCGACAACGACGCGUCCUCAACCUGGAGUCGAGGUCGUCGUGCCCGGGACAUGCAGAACCCUACUACUGCAAAGAACCCCAGCAAGUCGCCUGGACGCGCUAUAACCACCUCUGCCAAUCACUAUACUCCCUCCAACUUGUCAUCCGAGCCCUGGACGUUCCACGAUCAUCGCCCUUCGGAACGUGCGGUGUCUCCGAACAGCACGCGUAGUGGCCGCCCUGUCAUGUCGAGCGCGAGCUCCGUUGUGUCAUCCAACUGGCGCAGCUCGAUGAGUACCUCUUCAAGCGCAGGUACUUCAACUUCUGCCUUUACCCGGUACAGCAAUUCGAGCGCCAGAAGCAUCUCGACGACAGCUACUAGCGUAUCCUCUGCUAGCUGGCGCACGAGCGUCAAACCUUCUUCCACUUAUUCUUCUUCAACGGGAUAUGCCCACGGUCACUUGCCCAAGAAUAUCAAGAUUAUGGACGGUGUGCCUUGGGAACUUGAUCAGCUGCCUCGUGGUCAACAUCCUAAUCCUGUUGGGGACAUAUUUGGUUCGCCUCCUGUGCGUAAACAAAGGACCCGGAAACCCAAGGAUCUCAAGCUCGAUACCAUCACGGAGCGUCCUGUAGUCCCGGCGACUUCUGUCCAAAAGUCGCCUGGGAUGCGCCGGGAUGCUUCCACGAGCACCACCGAUCUUAGCGGCCCUGCCGGCGGGAAGGAAGAUGUGGAAGGUGUCAAGAAAGUUCAAAAGGGUCAGAUCAACGCGUUGGCAAAGAUGCUCUCUGCUCUUCGUCGAUGA